AUGGUCUCUAAAAACACCCGUGCCCCCAAGGGCUUUGUCCGUUCCGUCUACGACGAGGCCACCAACCCGGAGAAUUCUACCAUCGUCCGCAGCAUCCUAGUCUUCGGCGCCGGUGUUGCAUUCCUCCACAGCAGCCUGAGCGAAUUCCUCCUUCCUCCGUUCAUCUUCACCGAGCCACAGAUGAAAAUUAUUGCUGGCAGUGACAAGAGAAUGUACUAUGUCCAUCCGGGAGUAUUCACUUCAUUCCCUAAAUCGGCCUUGUACGCCCAAAUAAAUGGGCACUGGAAGGACACAGGCACUGGGGAGUUUGAUUGGACCGACUUUGAGGAGCAGACCGUGGAAUGCGUUUUGAGCUUUUUAUACUCGCGAGACUAUCAGACGGUUCACUCUGCCACUUCCAGUCCACAAUUGGGACCAGGCUUUGAGAAUAAUGCCGCAUUGAUCAAAAAAUCAGAUCCUACCGAGCGACUCAAUCAUACGGCUAUUGAAGUCCCCGUUCAUGCGAAGGUCUACUCCUUUGCGCAUAGAUAUGUUCUUUCCGAACUGGAGGUCUUUUCUUUAAAGCGCCUUGAGAAGGCUCUCACAACCUUACAGCAGAAGAAAACAGAAUUUACUUCGUAUCUAAGAGAUGCAAUCCAUAUCAUAUAUUCCACGACACCCGGCUUCAUAGAGAACCCAGCCCGCGAAAUGUUGUCACGAUUUGUCUCUAUCAAUUUCGCCAAGCUGGACAAAGAAUCUAUGGAAAACCUUAUGGCUGAAGGGGGUGAUUUCGCGGUCGAUGUGUGGCGCGAGCUUUCCACAAGACUACAAGAUCGAAUCAAAUUUGCAGAUGAGGUGGAAGAAAAACUGCAACAUGCCGAGGAGAGGAUCGAGAACUGA